AUGUCCCAGGCUAGCAGAGACAGCUUCAUAGACGAUCUUGGGAUCCCUUCUGAUACAAGCUCGUCAUCGCUCUCGAACACCCUGAAGACUCUACAGCCCGAGAAACGUGACUCGGAAUCUACAAGUCCCAAGACCACGGAGCAACAGCUGUCCGAAGGCUCUGAAUGCGCCGUACAGACAUUGUACGAGGGUCCUCCCAAGUGUGAGUGUUGCAAGAAUUGGGUCGAGGAGUAUCCCGAUGACCUGCGCCGGCCUGUCGAAGAUCAAGCCGAAAUCAAACAAAAAGCCUUCGUAAAACGCAUGCGAAAAAAUCACGAUGAUGGUAAACCGUUGGUUCUCGACUCCAUCGUGGUUCAGAGCCCGUCUCUGAAGAAGACCCUAGGCGAAAUUUUCAAUGGAUACAAGGGCAUUACACCAUCUUUGAAAAAGGUGGUUUUCAAGUCACCUUUCCAUCCUUUCUACCAUCGUUGGGGACUCUUUACAGAAAUAGUGGAGCGCCAAAAACGCGAAGAUCCGGCUACUGCUGCUCACUCUGUACUACUUUACGAUGAGCUCAAAAGGGAGUUGGGCGAUGUGAUGUCUGAGAUUGACGAUCACGUUCACCACGGUGUCAUCACUUAUCCAUUGCUCUGGGCCCUUUUUGAACCUGGUGUGCUCAUUGUCGCAUCCAAAGGGGGACACGAACGGUUUUAUGUCGUCGAAGGCUGCAAUUACAACGUCAAGGAUAGAUAUCUUGCCAUUACUGCCAACUUUGUCGAUUGGGAUGGAAAUCGCUUCGGAUACUCGAAAGAAUCCGUUGCGAUCUGUGAGUAUACUGGGACCCAAGCCAUAAUUAAUUUGGGUGCAUACCCGGCAGAUCUUCACCCUUCCCAAGAUGAGGCGCGAGUAAAAGCCAUCAACCGGGGGCAAAAAUUCAGGGAUCUCCACGGUUGUCAAUACAAGACCUACUCGGGCUUGGUGUGGUACCAAUAUUGUGGAGAGGAGUUCGAGCGCAAUAUUGACGGACGUGUUAUUGUGGACGCUUCAUCUUAUUUCCAUGCCAACCCCGACGAACAGCAAACCCUCAGGGACCUCGACUCUGAAUCGAUUGCGCCGCAAAUUAACGUCACAGAAGAGAAGCAUCUAGAUGGUGAUGACGAUGACUAUAGAGGCUGGAGAUGCGGUACUGGACGAAUGCGCCAGAGCCGACAUCGAGAGAGGCUUAACCGGAGGAAAAUUGAAAACGGAGAAAUACCGGAGGAGAGAGAGUCUGGGCCUGUAUAUGAUCUCACGGACGAGCAACUCUUGCUCUGCAACACACGACUACGAGGAUACUCGCUGAAAUUCAAGCGCUGGGUUUCUUUCGAUGUGAACAAUAUCAACGAUAUCGCGUGGAACGAUAGCGCCUUUCCAAAGCUCAUACUCCCCGACGGCUACCAAAAUUUGCUCUUAUCAUUCGUCGAGGCUCAAAGCGACAAACAGCUUGCAUUUGACGAUAUUAUUGAGGGGAAAGGAAUGGGCAUCAUUAUGCUGCUUGUUGGUCAGCCUGGCACAGGCAAAACGUUGACCGCUGAAGCUAUCGCCGACAAGGUCCGGAAGCCUCUUUAUGUGCUGAGUGCAGGAGAGUUAGGCCAGGAUGCCACAAGAAUCGAGACGCGUCUCAACGAAAUUUUGGAGCUUGCCGAAAAGUGGGAUGCCGUUCUGCUAUUCGAUGAGUGCGACGUUUUCCUGCAAGAGCGAUCAAUAAGCAACAUGGCACACAACGAGAUUGUCGCUGUCUUUCUGAGAUUGCUCGAGUAUUACCGCGGCAUCAUGUUCAUGACAACCAACCGUGCGAGCACAAUCGACCGCGCUUUCCAAAGCAGAAUUCACCUCACGCUACACUACCCAGACCUUGAUUCGGUUGCAAAAGAGCAAAUUUGGAGGCAGUUCACCUCCCAGCUAGAGCUGGAUAACACGUUGACCGACGACAUAUACAGCCGGCUUGCUCAGCUGCCCAUGAACGGACGGCAAAUUAAAAAUACCGUGAAAAUAUCAGCACUUUUGGCUCACAAGGAAAAGUCCAAGCUCGGCGUUCAGCAUGUUCGCACCGUACUGCGCGCAACACGUGAGGCACAUGGUGAGGACAUCUAG